AUGGUCAAUGUGGAGGAGCAUAGAAAGGCACAGAGGGCAGAUGGGGCAGCCACAGUGCUAGCCAUAGGAACAGCCAACCCCCCCCCCUCCCCCCAAUGUGAUAUUCUCAUUUGCUUUUUGUCGUCAAAGUUGCUUCGUUUCACCCUUUGGAUUUUAGGCCUAGACCCAAACGAAGUGAAGCCAGGUGCUGUAGCUUCGGUAGAUUCGAUCCCCUUGGGGUUGCUUCGGUCAACUCCUGCCACUUUUGAUGCAUCUGGCUUUUCUGGUGCUGAUAUAUACCCAUUAUAUGGCAGCAAUAAUGCUUGUAGUGGGCCAGGGAUCGACCUGCACCUCAAACUCCUCAAUCUCUCCCCUUUUGUCAAUCGUGUCAUGAUUUAUAUGCAAGGUUGCUUCGCAGGUGGCACUACCCUCCGCAGCGCAAAGGACCUCGCAGAGAACAAUUGUGGUGCUUGCGUCCUUAUAGUUUGCCCAGAGAUGAUGUCAAUGUACUUUCAUGGGCCUAUCAGGAUGGACCCGGAGAGCCUUGUGGUCCCUGCCCUGUUUGGAGAUGGCGCAGCGACUGUGGUCAUUGGUGCUGACCCCAUGUCAACUGAGCGGGGGCUCAACCAACUCUUCCGGGCUUGCCAAAGCAUCGUGCCAAACAGCAUGCACGCGCUCAAGGGCCCCAUCCAUGAGGCGGGCAUCACAUACUGGAACACUUUAUUCUACGUUGUGCAUCCUGGUGGGCCACGGAUUUUAGACAAGAUGGAGGAUGACCUCAAGCUGAAGCCUGAGAAGCUUAGGGCUGCAUGUCACGUGUUGAGGGAGUACGAGAACAUGUGGAGCGCGACUAUGUUCGUCGUGUUGGACGAGAUUCAAAAGUCAUCAUAG